CACCACUAGAAACAAAAACUCCUGAUGAAAAUCCACCUGUCUUUGAUGAGGACAUUGGUCUGUACGUUGGACAGCGGCCAAAAGUGAGCAUAGGUAACUUGGCAACAAUGGAAAACAGAUUAUUACGUCGCCCAGACAUGGGUAAGGGCUGGUUUGGAAAGGAUGGGCUGAUUUUAACGACACCGGAACCGACGCACAAACUUAUUAUCAGACCCCUCAUCAUAGGAGAGGAUCCCAACCGUCACUUAAUCUACAGAGAACCAAGAAUGGCAGGGAAUAGCACUGCUAUUAUCAAUAAAACUGAUGGUGUCAAGGAUUGCCAGUUGGAGAUAUACUUAGGCUCAAUACAUUUCUCUCAUCAUCCUUUGUUUAGCAGAGAACACGUAUUGAGCCAAUUUUUAUCAAAACAGUGUGAAGUGUAUCAUAAAAUAGACAGGAGUAGACUUAUUGAACAGUAUCGAGAACAAUUAAAAGCUUUGCAAUAUUCCAUUCAAGACUUAAAACAAUCACAGACCGAUCCAAUGCAAGCAUCAGAGCAGCUGGAAAGAUACCGCCUUGAAGUAAGAGCAAAGAGACAACAGUUGAAGCAGACUGGUGCUACUGAGUACCAGCUAAUGCAAAACAUAUUGAAGACAUGGCGGGAACUAAAGCAGCUAAGAGAAGAUCAAGGAUACUCUUGUACUACCUCUCAACUAGUGAUACACAGGUUUGGAUCAGAUGCAAUGAUUGAGCAAUCUCUUAGAGACAGGGACAUUGAAGCUGAGCUAAUGGAAAGAAGAGGAUCACGAAGCAACUAUGACAGUUGA